CCUCUCCUAUAUACACACCUUGCCGCUUAUUACACUCCAGUUUGCUUUGGCGUUUCCACAGAGAGAGAGAGAGAGAGAGAGAGGUGCCAGCCAUCGUCUGCGGAGGUUGGUUUAGGCUCUGUCUCUGUUAUUCUUCGAUCGAUCCAUCCAUCAAGACUUCGAUUUCUUUCUCUCUCGUCCUCGUCUCUGCAUCAGAGUUAUAUAGAAAAUGGCCGACACCGAGGACAUUCAGCCCCUCGUUUGUGA